AUGGAUUCCUCCUCUUUUCAUCGUUUUUCGUCACUAAAAAUUAUGUCCACUUUGAAUUCCUGCAAUUACAGCACAAGGUGCUCCACUAGUUCAUUUGCGAGGAGGCCCUCAAUUGCUGAAGCAAACUCCGCCUUUUCCUACAAAAAAUUUGUCAAGUUGGCUCUCCAAGAAACUGGAAAACACACGCAGUUAGUUCCUUCUCCCUUACAGGAGGACUUCAGUUGCUUGACUGCCAUUGAUGGGAAAACAGAGCUCCAAAUGCACUCUUUUCAAUCACCUAAGAUCAGACUGUUGAGGAGUUUAUCCAUAGAAGGGAGGAGUGAUGGGAUGCAGGUCCUCGAUUUUGCCAUCUUCCCGAGAAUGGAAUUUAGUCUUCCAAUUUUUUGUGCCAACUUUUUCACCACGGCAGUCAUGAAUAUAAUUGUGUUGGACCUCAAUCCAUUGCACGAUGUCAUCAAUCAACGAGAGUACAAGGAAAAGUAUUAUAGGCACUUAAUUUCUCUUGGACUCAAAUAUGCUGAGCUUUUGCCCUGGGGAGGAAAGAUUACAGCCGAGUCCUUGAAAUUUUUCUCACCAAUUGUGAUAUGGACCAAGUUUCCUCCAAGUCAAGACAAGCAACACAUAUUAUAUUCUGCUUUCAAGGAUUAUCUCAAGUCAUGGCUGGAGUUGAUGGAGGCGGCAUUGCCAGAAACUGAUGUUUCGGUGAAUAUUGAGUUACAACAUAGGUAUCUUACAUGGAGAGCAGAAAAGGAUCCCGGACACCAAGUUCUGACAAGGUUAAUUGGCGAGACUCGUGCCAAGGAAAUAAUUCAGAAUUUUCUCUUCAACGGGGUUGACGAGCUUGGAAGCAAAACAUUCACCGAUUACUUUCCUGAGUACAAGUGCGAUGACGGGACUGUAAACAAAAGACGCAGUAUGAUUGGAAAAUCAUUCGAUAUUCGGCCAUGGGAUACGAAAGGAGAAUUCAUUGGCAACAGUUAA